CCAAAUUCUUCACAUUCUAUCAACAAAUAUCUCUUCGUUUUACGCCUCUUUCCUUCCUCUCUCUCUCUCUCUCUCUCUCUCUCUCUCUCUGAUUCAUAUGGGCAGGUCUUUAAGUGGCCUUCCCCACUGUUUCCCAUAUCCCAAUCCUUCUUAAAUCCUCAAUUUCAAUCUUCUUUCAAACCCCUUCUUCAGAUCAUUUGCUUAUGCUUCUCAAUUUGUUCACUUCUUUUUCACUCUCUUCUCUUGAUUCCACCAAUACCCAUAGAGUUUUUCUGUGUUUUUGUGAACUUUCUUUUCUUUGGUUCUUCUUCAUUUUCAGUGCUUUUACUCUAAUGGGUCCUUUCCAAUGAUUCAUAUGGGCUUCGUUUCUUAUCAGGAAUACAAGGGCAACGAAAAGAAAACCAGCCCUCAAAACUAGAAAGGGUUUCAAUCAAGUAAUAUGCAAUCUAGACGAUAAUUUCAAGAAGUUUUCAAGACUGAAGUUCAAAGAGACACGGAAGGUCACCAAGAACCAGCAAUUAUUAAGUGGUCAUCUGUUGCUUGAUAAUUUUGUUCUUGGAGUUCUUAAAAGAGGAUGGGUAGAGGUAGAGGAAAGGGGAGGAAGUUAACCGUCACAAAUCAUGACGAUGCUGGAAGUGGUGAGGAAGAGAAGAUUCCUGCGCAAAAGCGAAGGGGAAGGCCACAGAAGCCAUUGAAGGAUGAGAUAGAUGAGGAAGAAGCUGAAAAGAUCGAAGAUGAAGAUAGCGAGAAUCUGAAAGGCAGUGAUAUUGUGAGCAAGGAGAUGAAAAACCCACCUGCAGCAGAAAAUGGGAAAAGAAGGAGAAGAAACUCACAAGUGAAAGAAAAGCUCGAUCCAGUGAAAGACGAAAAUGGGGAUGGAACAAGAUCAAGCACUGAUGAGUCAACGAGAUCAAAUGGAUUUCGUCACAAUGGAAGCAGGAGAAAAAGCAAGCCCCGUCGAGCUGCUGAAGCAGGCGUUAGCUGCAAGUGAAACAAGUAAAAGAAUAUGGUUUUCUUACUGAAGGGGGGAGCCAGAUAAAAUUUUCAAGGUAGAAAAUGAGGCAUAGUGAUCUUCUAGUCAUAGAUUACCAUAUUUUCUGUUUCUCAAUCUCAUCUCUAUAACUAUUUUCCAUCACCAUUCCUUUUGCUUAUUCCUAAAAGAAAUUGUUGAAUUCAGGAUUCACUCUGCUGGUUUUAAUAUUCUUUUUGGCUACCA